GGCAUCGUCCCCUCCCGCACCUGCCAACCUUAGCACCUAUGACAAACGGACUAAAUCUCCAUAGCUACUUCUGAUCAUCAUUUACUCCGUAUUUGAACUCCGUGCUUUCACCCACGCUUUCUUUCGGCUUUCUUUCCAUUUCUUUCUUUAAAUACUACAAAUCCAAUCAAAGUCCAUCCAACCAUUCAAGAACAUUCCCAAACUACGAACUACGAACUUGCAUCGAACGUCAACUGGUUUGAUCGUUUCUUGAUAUAGAUCUAGUACUAGGUCUCAUCACAGUCGUUGAACCAUUCGCAUCAUGGCUUCUUCAGCAUCCGACCGAGAUGUGCUUCCAGAUUCGGUCAAGCCUUCUCAUUAUGCGCUUUCUGUCUACGAUAUCGAGUUAGGAGGAGCUUUCAGCUAUCAAGGAACAGUCAAAAUCGAUAUCAAAAUCGUCAAGCCAACCAAAGAAAUCACUUUGAAUGCUUUUCAACUCAAGUUACAUGAAGCAGAGGUGUCUCUCACUUCCGGAAAGACUUCUCAGUCUAUCAAGUCUAGUGAGAUAUCUUAUGAUACCAAGAAACAGCGUGUAACUUUGAGUUUCCCGGACGAGCUUUCUGUUUCUGAAAACGCCCUACUAGCAAUCAAGUUUCAAGGAACUGUCAACAAUGAUAUGGCUGGCUUUUAUUAUUCAAAAUAUAAACCUCAGGUCACCCCAGCUGCAUCUGUUCCAAAGGUUGAUGAGUUUCAUUGCAUGUAUAGCACUCAAUUUGAGUCAUCUGAUGCUCGUAGGGCUUUCCCAUGUUUUGAUGAGCCCAACUUGAAGGCCACCUUUGACUUCGAGAUCGAAAUUCCGAAGGAUCAAAUUGCUUUGAGCAAUAUGCCUGAGAAGGGCUCAAGAGAUUCUAAGGACGGAUUUCAUUUCAUUGAAUUCGAAAGAACACCAAUCAUGAGUACCUAUCUCUUAGCCUGGGCCAUGGGAGAUUUCGAGUACAUCGAGGACUUCACAAAGCGCAAGUAUAACGGAAAGGCGCUUCCUGUCCGUGUCUAUACUACCAGAGGAUUAAAGAGUCAAGCACAGUAUGCUCUCGAUCAUGCACCCAAAGUCAUUGAUUUGUUUUCUGAAAUCUUUGAUAUUGAUUAUCCACUUCCCAAGGCCGAUUUGCUUGCGGUACAUGAAUUUUCCCAUGGAGCCAUGGAAAAUUGGGGUCUGGUUACCUAUCGCACAACAGCUGUAUUAUUUGACGAGAAGACUUCUGAUACAAAAUAUAAAAAUAGAAUUGCCUACGUCGUUGCGCAUGAACUUGCCCAUCAAUGGUUUGGUAAUCUAGUCACUAUGGACUGGUGGAGUGAGCUUUGGCUUAACGAAGGUUUCGCUACCUGGGUCGGGUGGUUGGCAACAGAUCACUUCCAUCCUGAUUGGUGUGUAUGGGAUCAGUUCGUGGCCGAGGGCAUGCAAACUGCAUUUCAGUUGGACUCCCUACGCAGCUCGCAUCCUAUUGAAGUACCUGUCAAAGACGCUUUGGAUGUUGACCAAAUUUUCGACCACAUCAGCUACCUCAAAGGUAGUUCGGUAAUUCGAAUGCUAGCCACGCAUCUUGGCCAAAAGACUUUCCUGAAGGGUGUUUCAGAUUAUCUAAAAGCACAUGCUUAUGGUAAUGCUACCACACAAAAUUUGUGGUCAGCUUUGAGUGAAGCUUCUGGUCUAGAUGUGAAGGCUAUCAUUGAUCCAUGGAUCACCAAGAUUGGCUACCCUGUACUCACGAUCAACGAAGAACCUGGUCAAAUUAGCAUCAAACAAAGUCGUUACCUUUCAACAGGAGAUGUAAAACCCGAAGAUGAUGAAACGACUUGGUGGGUGCCUUUGGAUUUUCAAGGAAAGGUUGGAGCCAAGGGAGCACAACAAAUCGCGUUCGAACAAAAAGAAGAUACAGUCCGAGAUGUCGAUGAUUCUUUCUACAAGGUCAAUACCGAUACCGCAGGGUUUUAUAGAGUUAAUUAUCCACCAUCAAGACUUGCCAAGUUGGGUUCACAAUUGGAUCGCCUCAGCUUGACUGACAAAAUUGGUCUAAUUGCUGAUGCGGGUGCACUCGCAAUUUCAGGACAAGCAGGAACCCCAGCUUUCUUGUCUUUGGUGCAAGGCUUAGCCAAUGAAUCCAACCACUUUGUUUGGUCAAAGAUCCUAGGACCAAUUGGUACUAUCAAAUCGGUGUUCUCCGACGAUGAUGCAGUCUCCAAUGGCUUAAAAGCGUUUUUGCUGAAAUUAGUCUCCCCGGCGGUGGAAAAGAUAGGUUGGGAACAACCUGCAGAUGAAGAUUUCCUUAAGUCGCAACUUCGACCUCAAUUAAUUUUGAGUGCCGGUCUCAAUGGACACAAAGAAAUUAUCGCUGAAGCUAAACGUCGCUUCGAUCUAUACACAAGCGGCAAGGACAAGACUGUCAUUCACCCAAGUCUUAGAACCGCCAUUUAUGGUCUUUCCGUCCGAUAUGGUGACAGAUCGGAAUAUGAGGCUUUGAAGAAAGAGUACCGCGAAACAACUUCUAUUGAUGGCAAAGAAAUUGUUCUCCGUGCAAUGGGGCGUGUUCAAACCCCAGAACUCAUCUCCGAUUAUUUUGAAUUCCUUUUCAAGGAAGUCGCAACGCAAGAUGUUCACACAGGUGCAUCUGCUCUUGCAGCCAAUACCAAAACACGUUACCAGCUUUGGAAAUACAUCCAAGACAACUUUGACCCAGUCAAAGAAAGAUUAUCUGCUAAUAUGGUCGUCUUCGAUCGAUUCAUUAAACUUUCUCUAUCAACCUUUAGUGACGAUAAUGUUAACAAGGAAAUUGAAAAGUUCUUUGAAAACAAAGACAACAGAGGAUAUGAUCGAUCACUUGCAAUUAUUGGUGAUACUAUCAGAGGAAGAGCAGCUCUCAAAUCAAGAGACAGGGAGGUUAUUCUUGAAUGGUUGCAAACCAAUGGUUAUUGUUGAAUUUAGUCAAGUCAUUGCUAUUCAUAUUGAUUUGAUAGGCUUCCAAGCAUCGCAUCUAUUUUGGUAGAAAUCGAAAGAGAGGAACGCAUCUAGUAUAUACAGCUACACUCAUUCAUUAUUCAAACUUGACGAAUCUCCCUUACUGUUUUCUAUAUCUGUUUCACUGAUUUAUCGUGAACCGUGUCCACUACAAGACAGUAUUUGAAGAUAGUGCUGGCAGAUAUUCACCAUUUCACCGGAGAUGUCUACCCCUUUGCGUCUGCAUCGACAUUGAGGAUGAUUGGAGUUAACUCUAUAGACAUUUGCAAAAAUAAAAUUGCCUCACCUCCUUCCCACAUAAAUACAUAAUGAAGAGGCUAUUAUUCAAAAUGCCAAGCUAGAUAUACACAUGUGUCAUGCUCUUUUUAAAGCAUUUGAUGUAACAUUAUUGAAGAAGAGAUCCAAAUUGAAAGCUGUCUAGAAAUAUUCGAAAUCCA